AUGGAAAACAUUAUCUUCGGUAUCAAAGGAGCUUCGAAGCCUUGCGGAAUUUUUUUGUACGAUGUAGGAGAGAUCGACAUAACCAGAUGUAUUGUGAAGUGCGAAGGGCGCAAAGAGAUUCGAGUUCAGGCCUUUUUCUCAUUGAAGAAGGACCCCACGAUCAAAGGACGGAAGCAGAAAAGCUUCUCGAUAUCCAAAUUCGGUUUUGACGGGGCUUGGUCUCGGGCCAACCGCUGUAAAGAGUUUGUGGAGCUCGUGGGGCGUUUCCCUUUAGAUGAAGCAGAGAUAGAGUCUGCGGUCGCGGCUGUGAGCGGUGAGCAGGUGCCGAGGUCGCUAACUUCCGGCUCUUUAACUCCAGGGUCCGCCUGCUUCAACGUGGGGUCCUUCAGCUCUGGCGGUUAUCUGCCUUUGCCCGCACCCCUUCAGUGUGCCGCAGGUGGUCUGGCUACCUUGAAAGAAACACACCAUUUGGUGGAGAACAUAUUGUCGUUCUUGUCCGAGCCGUCCGUGGCUUUGUGCGAAGGUGUCAGCAGGGACCUGAGAACCGCGAUACUGAGAACUCCCAACACCUGGAGGUUUGUGUUCAUGAACAAACUACCCCACCUCGCACCACUUAUUGGCUCUCACCCGGAGCUAGAGGCAGAAGCACACAUAAAUUCAGAGCGAAGAAGAGGAGAGGGAGGAAGUGGAGAGGGAGGAAGUGGAGAGCGAGGAAGCGGAGCUGCAGAUCGACAACGGAUGGUGCCCGACGGGGUAAUCCAUCCCACAAUGGACUAUCUGACAUUGGAGGAGGAGGGAGAACAGGCAACGAGGACUUUUGCGGAAGACCCAUGUUGUCAAAACCAGACAAGUUGCCACCAAGACAACUGCUUUUUCGGUGAUUGGCAAAGUGCCAAUUUUUUCAAAGCAUUAUUGGCAUAUGAGAGCGCGGUUCGGAACUGGACGUUGGUGGUUGAGUUGUACAGUUGUUUGAACAGAGUGACUCGGGAGGAGGAGCGCCGAAUGACGGUUGAGGAUGACAACCGAUAUAGGCGAAUUUUCGCCCGUUGCGGUGUGUCCUUGCACGCUUUAUCUCUGAGCCUAAAACCGAGAUCAUCUGCUUGGCUGAUGACCCAGUACUCAAAAAUGGCCGACGAUCUUCCCACCAGACCGCCAUAA